AAANAUGGGUUAUCCUAAUAUUUUAAAAAAUCAAUUAACUUGUAAACAAGGCGCUGUUCGCACAAUCCGCUUUAAUUUUGAUGGAAACUAUUGCAUGACUGGUGGAUCUGAUAAAUCAAUAAAACUAUGGAAUCCUUUUAAAUCAUCGCUCUUGAAGACUUAUAUGGGACACGGAUAUGAAGUGUUAGACGUUCAGUCUUCAGCUGAUAGUUCACAUAUAGCAUCUGGUGGAAUGGACAAAAGCAUUUUUUAUUGGGACGUUAGUACCGCCCAAAUAGUGAGAAAGUUUCGAGGUCAUGCUGAUGAAAAAAACUCCAGGGGCCUAGCUACUAGGGUGUUGUAAGGGUCGUCUUGUCCUGUUAAU